UUCAUUUAGAAAUGUGCCUAUCUGUAUCGUAUACUAAACAGCUAAAGGGACACAACUAAUGCAAUUACAGUAUAAAGUUACAGAAAACGUGUGAUGUCGUACUUGCAUUGGACAAACAGUCUAUUAUAAUGAAAAAAAUCCAGAUGAUUCCAUCAAGUAGUUCUAUUGGUGCUGAUCUUCAUUGUUUAGAACCGGAACGAUCCAUCAAAAGUCAUCCCAAUGACAACACAAAAAGACGCACUCUCUUCCUGAAAAAGAUUAAUAAUUCAUGGGGCUUUACUCUGCAGACUUAUGGCAUUAAACACAAGAAAACGAAUGAGAUUGAAAUAAUGACUUAUGUUGACUACAUUGAGAUUACUGGUCCAGCAUACAUGGCUGGAAUGAGGAAAGGUGAUGUAAUACUCUCAGUAAAUGGAGAUUCAGUUGACAGAAAUUCUCAUAAAGAAUUAGUCAGAGUGAUAAGAGGUUGUGGUGACUCAAUGAGAAUGGUUGUAAUGUUUGAAGAUUGUUGUAAGAAGGUAGAACUUCAUGACAGAAUAUUUAGAUUAAAGGAAAUUCUAGCUCACAAGAAAUUGGCCUUGAAAGAACUAGAACAACAAGAAAAAGAAAUCAUAGAUGAUUAUUGUCAGUCAAAGGGUAUAACCAGAUUUCAGCGUAUUCGACAGAGCAUGAUCAGCACAGUUUCAACCAAUAGCUGGGAUCGUUACAGUCUUAUCCAAUCACCACAACUGUUAGAAACAUUCCCAGUACCACAUGUACCUUCAACUUCGAAGAUUUCAUUCGAGGGAGACUACUCUUCUUCUAUAGGUGAAGAUAUGGAUGACAGUUAUAUUUCUUAUGUGGAUUCAGAUGCUGAUAGUGGAAUGUGUAUUUGUUGCCCAAAUACGGAUGAACAUAUUGCUUUAAAGAAUUUAAAGGACACAGACAACAAAUCCAAUAAGAGUUUGAAAAUACCUGGCACUGGCAAAUCAAAGCUGAAUGCUGGGGAAAAUGAGGAAGUUGUUUAUUUACGUAGUAAUAGCAUUCCAUUUGUGUAUUCUGAUUAUGUAUAUAUCAAUGAAGAAGAUGAGUCUACAGAAUUAUAAUUUAUUUAGUUGAUUUUGUUUACUUGAUAGAAUGUAAAACAAUUAAGUUUUUGAGAAUAUGUUUGUGCACAUUUUUGAUAAAUAAGUUUUUAACUUACCGACUUCACCAAAGUGAAGUUUUAUCGUCAAAAUCAUUUUUGGAUAGUUUGAUAUUCUUUUCCAAAAAUAUCUCUUUGGUGUCUUUUGUCAUUGGUUUUCAUAAUUCGAUAUAACUAAGAAAUUUAAACCUAGACCAUGUUAACUUAUGAUUUUUGUUAUAUUCAGUUUUUGAAUAGUCUCCUGAACUAUUGCAUUUUCCAUGAACCAAUAAAAUCUGAAAAUAAAGAAUGAUUACAGUAUUUUAAAUUGUGGUUAAUUUUUUGUAUUACAAAAUUAUAUUAUUUUUAAGCUAAUUCAUUGAAAUAUUAUAUGCCAAUUAGUAUUUACAGAUUAGGUAAAUUUUUUACAUUAAGUUCAGUUCUGAAAGACAGAAUUCCAAAAGUCAAAAUCUAAGUUUGCUUUUAUAUGUGGACAUUAUUAUUUUAUUUCUAACAAAGAAAAAGAAAAAUAUAUAUUUAAGGAAAGUUUAGGACCAUUUCAUGUUAAAGAUUAGAUAGCCAAGAAAUCAUGUACAAUUUAAUCGAGUUCAGAUUUAAUAUGCAGUAAACUUAAGUUAACCACGAAUUGAGAAAAUAUCUAAGGGUAAAUUUGGAAGUGAGAUUGACAUUUUACAAUGAUGUCUAAAAUAAAAUACUCUUCAGUUGAUUGAUUAACAUAAAUAUCCUCACAACUUUGUACUUAAAGAAAAAUUUGAUGUGACUUAAGGAGAUAUUUGAUGCUACUAAUAGAGAAAUUUGAUGUGACUUAAGGAGAAAUUUGAUGCCGCUUAAGGAGAAAUUUGAUGUGGCUUAGGGAGAAAUUUGAUGCUACUUAAGGAGGAAUUUGAUGUGACUUAGGGAGAAAUUUUGAUGCUACUUAAGGAGAAAUUUGAUGCUACUUAACUAUUACAUUCCAUCCGUAGGGAGUUACCUCAUUUUUGUUAGUUAUUUAUUUAUGUUAUCAAUUUACAUAUUUGCAAUUCAUUCAUCAUUGUUAGUUGCAUUUUGGAAGGUAAUUUUAAAUAUAAAUUUAUCUUCAGUAAAUCAUAAAAAAAAGUUAUCAAUCUGACAUACAAAUUUUUGUCUCUCCUCCACAAAGCUGAGGUUGCAGAACGGAGACUUUGGCUUGUAUGGGAGUUUGAGAUUAGGUCAGUUGAAGGGGAAUCACUUUUAACAAUUUUAAGUUAAAGCUAUGAAUUUGAUAGAAAUGAAUCUUAUUCACUGUUAUGGUGCUAUGCAACAUGUUUUAAGACUAACCAAAAACGAUUGUCAGCAUUUUUUGUAUGUUAUUUGAAGUAAGUAUUGUUGAUUUUUGUAUUAACAAUGUGUACUCGGCUUCCGGAAGUGUGCCAGACCAUUGGAGAAGUCUGACAAUUAUGCCGUCAUGUAGACAAAUAUCGGCAAGUCACCAGUUCAAAUGUUUGGUAAACAAAAAUCCAAAAUCAAAUUUAAACGUGUUCAUAAAUCAAUUUUUUCAUCACCAGUAUUGUAAUUUCACCGUAAAUAUAGUACCCACUGAAAUUUUCUUUUUGAUUCAUGAGCAAUUAUGUAGAAAGUUGAUAAACUCUUUAAAUGUUGUGAUUUUGUCAUUAUUUCUACCGAGCAUGGGCUUAAUACCAGAUACUAAAACCAUGUAAUUUUUCCAGAUUUUAGUGAAAAAAAGAUAUAGCAAAAUUAUUUUUGUGCUACAGAUUUUUUGUUAAUCAGAUGAAUCAUUGCAGUCUGUCUGACCAAUUGUCCAAAAGUUCUUUGAUGAAUUUUGGGAAGCUUGUUAACUAUAAACCAAACAUACUUUCUCUGAUUUGAGAAGGGAUUAUGAUUUAAAAGAAAGAGUUAUUGCAACAUGUCACAGAUUUCAUUCAAAUAUUUAUUCAGGGUAGAUUAUUUUAGUUUUUAUAGAAUGUAUCCUUCAGUUUGUAACUUUUGUACUCUGCCUGGAAUUUUAUUUUCCACAGAUGAAUAUUCCUGAUGAGGGGGGUUUUUAAUUACCUUGACUACCCAUGAGGGUUUUGCAUGGAUGCAACAACAAAUGGAAGUUUUUAACGACCUUGACUGGCUAUACAGGCCUUGCACGGUCGGUAUGGAUGCCAUAUAUCAACAAAUUAUACAUUCCAAUUCAUAUUUUAACUAAAGACUGUUUAUAGAAAGUCAAAACAUUGCAAAAAAGAGUUAUUAUUAUUUUUAAAGGAGUAUGCACUAUUGUUAACCUAAAAAUUCCCUUGUAAAAAAAUGAAGAUAUCACUUUACAUUCAGCCAUGAAAUAUUAUAUUGUGUUAGUCAAUAGCAUACUAAUGAUAUUUAAAAACAAAGGGAGAGAACCCAUUAUUUUACAGCUCCCUCUUUGUAACUAUGCUAAAUUUAUUUCAGUUAUAUAUGUGUUUGUGCUAAUUUAUUUUUGUUGAAGAUAUUAUAUUUCCUUUGUUGCAAUUAUUUAUAUAAUUUUUUGUUGUUUCAGAACCAAAAGGAUUGUAGGUAAUGAUGCUAAGCCAUUGGUUAAAUAUCCAUUUUUUUCAAAACGGCUCAACCAAAUAGAUUGUAAUGGUUUAGGCUUUUGAAAUUAUUGCCAGAAUGCAUUUGAUUCUGAAACAAUAAAUUUCUUAAUUUGUUUCUUUUGUGUAGACUUAUAACUUAUAAGUGCCUUGUUGCUUCAGAUGAUUCAAAGAUUGCAAGGAAGGAUAAGGGGCACUUAUUAUCUAGUAAUUGUUAUAUCUUCAAAAAUAAGGGAGGGAUUGCUAAUGAAUAAUGGGCACUUGUAAGUUAGUAAUUGUCAUAUUUUCAAAAAUAGGGGAAGGAUUGUCAAAAAGGAAUAGGACACUUAUAAGAUAGUAAUUGUCAUCUUUUCAAUAAGGGAGGGGUUGUUAAGGAAAAGGGGCACUUGUAAGAUAGAAAUUGUUAUAUGCUCAAUUGAGAAUUUGUAUGUAUUUUAUUGAUUAUAGACUGUUUACUUGUUCAUAGUUAGGUGCUUAUGAUUUCUUUUCUUUGAAAGGUGCUUAAAAUAUUUCUUUUCCUUGAAAGGUGCUGAAAAUUAUUAUGUUGCAGUUAAUUUAUAAUGAUUUUGAAAACUCUUCACAGGAGUAUAAGAAUAGUGUAAUAUGAAUUUAUACAUGUGGUGAACAAGAUUUGCUUUUCUCAUCUCAUUUGCUACUUAUAUCAUAAUAUUUAUACAUCAUAAAUGUACUAUUGGCAUCAAUAACAUGUAAUUUAAACUUCCUAUUAAUUUUUAAUAACCCUUCCAGUGUUUGAAGGUUUUUUUUUUAAAGAAAUGUUUCAGUGCAGUAUAGUUAUUGUUACAUGUUAUUCGCAUAGAAUAAUUGUAUCCCAACUCUAAAAGAGGGGUUUAAUUACAAUCACCUUGUCUAUCUGUCUGUUUGUCCAACAAAUAUUUUGAUCACACUUUUCUUAGAAACUACUUUACAAAAUGACUUAAUAUUUGGUCAGUAGCUUGACAGUUGAUUAGUUCUUUGUUAUUACCACUUAUCGGAUCUGUCAGACACAUACUUCCUGUUUUCACAUUUUUUGAAUGACGAGUAGGGGUAUGUUUUGCAAGAAAAUGCAUGCAAUCUUGUUAUUGUUUCAAAAUGGCUGUAAGAAUAACUAUAUGUCUUUCAUUAUUUUGUGAUAAAUUGUACUUAUUUAUAGAGUUAGAAAAAUAGACAAUAGUUAAAUAUCAUUGUUACAAAAUACAGAUUGUUAUAUUUUUCAGUUUAUAUGUAUGCUUCAUGCAUAGUUUGUCAAGAUACUUUAUUUCCCUAGGAUCUUUUGUUUAUUGACUAGCAUAUUGUAGUAAAAUUUAUUAUGGAGUGGUACUCUUUUAAAAAGAAAUGCACAAGUAUUGUUUAAAACAUGGGUUCAAUUUUGCAUUGCUAGACGUCUAUUUGCCUUUAAAUAUUUUUUCAAUAGUUUUUUUUUGUUAAAUCACUGAGCCAGUCUUGGGCAAAUAGUAAUUUGUCUCAUUCUCAGAAUGACUUUCCACCAACCAACCAACAUGGCUUCCAUUACUAUAAAUAGAACAAAGGGGUAAAUUAGCAAUUUAGAUCAUAUUCUCUAUACUUAUAUAUAUAGCAUGGUAAGAUAUGAUCUAUCCAACUUUAUCUUUUGAUUGUUCCUAUUUUGAAUUGUGUUUCAGAAGACACAUCCAUCUAAUAAAUAUAGUUUUUAUUGCUAUAAACAUAAUUUUAUUUGAAAAUUAAUCCUGCUGAAAUAAUUGGCUUUAAUUAGCCAGUGUUAAGCCAUAAAUAAUCGUCACUUAAUAUCAUUUGCUUUAUAUUUCAUAUGAAACUUUAUUUAAAAAAGAUAUAUUGUCAGAUUGUUUGUGGUUGGAUUUUAUUAAACUUGGAUUUAAUAGAAGCAAAAUUGUCACAGGUUUAUGUGUUCAUUUGGUUAUUUUUUUCUAAAGCAUUCUCAUUUUCUUAUGAUUGUUAGGAAGUUUGCUAUACUUUUGAAUCAAAUUAAAUAGUAAAACAUUUUUAUACUCAUUUACAUCUGAAGAAAUUGGGCAAAGACAACUAAAGAUAAAAUUAUGACCAAAUAAACGAACUUCAGAAAAUAUCUUCUAACAGGUGGUUUGUUAAAAUCCAACAUAAAAUGCUUUGAAAGUAUUUGUUUGUGUAAAAAAUGUGUUAUUAUAUGAAAUAUAUGGCAAAAGUUGUUGAAGACAAACACCUACAUGAAUUUCAUCACAUUGUACAUACCAAAGUCUUGGCAGUCAUGUAACUUAGGAGGUUGACCUGAUUUUUUUUUGGCAAUACAGAAAUACAUAUUAUCAGAAGAAUAUACUAAAAAUCCAUAAUUCAACUAUUUUUUUUCAACAAUAUUCAAAAUAUGGUGCCACAAUCGUAUGUUUUCACAGUAAUAAUAUUUUAUUUUAAAAAGCUGAUUCAUUUAGAAAUAGAUUAUAAUAUUGUAGUGAUUUGACUGAAUUUGCUGGCUCAAAUUCUAUUUAGUGUUAGUAGCUUUGUGCAGGUCACAAACAAUGUUAAGAGUUAGAUUACAACCUUUUUGCAAGUCUACAGAUAGAUGGAAAUAAUCAAAAUGUUAUAAAUUAAAAGUACUAAUCUAAUAUAAUGACUUGUUAAUUUUGUCUGUUCAUAACUGUUUUUCCAAUUUUUUGUAGAUAAACCUAACUAGACACUGUUUAUUAUAAGAAUGUAUGUGAUAUGUAUAAAAAUCAAAGAAAUAAAAUAUACGUUGUUGAAAUCAAAAGUUAAAAUGUAAUUUAUUAUACAGAAAUCUUAGAAGUUAAGGUGUACAUUUAUAAAUGUUAAUCAUUCAAAUUGACUGAAAUACAAAAUUUAUUUAUUCAACUCUUACAAAGCUUCUGUUUUAGAAUUACCAGUAAGAAUUAUCCAUAUAAUUGGAUCUGAACCCAGUCACAUUAUUCAUAUGAAUAAACACGUCACAUUCAUUUCUCAAUUUAGAGUAAUUAGUUAUUUCCCUUUGAUAAAUUUUGAUUAAUUUAAAGUUAUAGUGGUGAAGUACUGGGAUAAUUGUAUCAAAAUGUAUUUAAACAAUUCUCAAUGUGAACCAAGAAAUACUAUGGUUUAACAGUUUUAUUUAAGGAAUGACUGUAAUAUUGUUUCUGUCUAUGAAGAAAUAAUUUUAAAAAUGUGUUGCACACUGAAUAACUUGUGAAGGGUGUUAUUUUAAAGUGUGCACCACAGUUUUGAGGUUAUUUCAAAUAGACAGGAAAAAUAUUACAAUCUUUCCUUAUAAUUUAAUUCUUAUUUCCAUUUUUAUGGAGUAAAUCAUGAAAAAACGUUGAUGACCACAAUCACAAGACAAAUAUUAUGUCUGUGAGCUGAUAGACAAAAAAAAUUUCAGCAAAUCAGAAGACGUGUUACACCCAAAAUUAAAUUAUUGUCACUUAUCACGCAGAUGUUUAAAAUUACUGAAAAAUUACUCAGCAGUAACUUGGACUUAUAAGAAAAACAAAAGGUACCAGAUUCAAUAAUUUAUGUCUGCUGCUAUUUCAGGCCUUGUGUCAUAAAUAUUGUGAGCAUGAUUAUCGUACUCAGACUCAGAAGUCCACUGAUCAAAAAACUGCAUUUUGUGAUAACAGAUUUGAGUAUAAAUUUUAUAUUUAUUAGUUCUGAGAAAUGUUUUAUGACCUUAAGCCCAUGCAUUAUUCAUGCAUAUGAAAUGUAAUGCCUUAUUAAAGUUCAUUGAUUAUGCAACAAAACUUUUUACUUGAUGAUAAUGGGCACAUUGCAGUGAUAUUAUAUAGGUGUUGAACAACAUUUACUACUGACACAUGUUUUACAGUGAUUCUUCAUGCAACCAUUUUAUGAAUGUUCUUAGCCAAUCAAACAAUUUAUUAAUAACUGAUUCUAUUCAUUUCUGAAAUUUUACAAUAGAUUAUCUAGUUUGAAUAAUAUUGCUUCAAUGGACCAAUUUUCUAUUAUAAUCGAUUAUCAGAACAUCACUACUUGCAGAUACAUCAGUUUUGUAAAUUAAUAUUUAUGAAAAUAUUAUUAUUGUUAUUAUUUAGUUAAAUGGAUGUUUGGAAAAAAGAAUGAAAUGUAAAUUAUUAAAAGUUACAAUAUG